AUGUGCAAGCUUAGAAUUUCGAGGUGGCGUCGCACACAUGACCACGACGACCGCGCUCGCCGCCCCGGCCGCCUUCUCCCAGAUCCCCGAGCCCGUCGCGAUGACGGCCACGGCACCGCCCGCGACAGCAGAGCCACCCCCACCGCCUCCCGCCGAAGCUCUUCUCCGCCCCGGCCACCCGUCAGCCCCAUAACACCCACGCUCGCGCCUGCCCGCCUCGCCACGGCCCCGACGGCUACCAAGCUGCCGGGCGCGCCACCCGCUGGUUCCGCAGCGACCACUAACAGCAGCAGCGGCGGCGGCGGCGGCGGCAGCUCCGCGGGGGCGCGCACGGCGAGCGAGAUCAUGGCCUCCCUCCCUCCCCGGCAAACCUUUGCCCACGCGCAGCCCAACCAGGUCGGCGUGCCGCUCCCGCCCCCGAAACCCAUCUCAUUUGACGAGAACCCCGACACGCUCGCCCUGCAGAGCGCUAUUGCGGUCCUGCAGAUGCAGAGGCGCCGCGCCGAGGAAGAUAUCCGCACCCUGAGCCGUGCCAAGAACGACGCCCUCAGGGACACCGAGGGCUUCGUCAAAGAUCUCAUCUCCGGAAGGGUGAGCACUACGGGUGCUUUGGGGCCGGGGCCGAUUGGUGACGACGAUGACGACGACGACGAAGAUAGUGAUGAGAACGAUACAAAGGCCGACAAGGGCCCCACGUGGAGGAAGUUGCCGGGGAGACAGGACGUCGUUAGGUGUCCGCCCAUCAACUGGGCAAAGUACGCCGUUGUGGGCGAGUCCCUCGACAAGUUACAUGCGGAUCAAAAGGCCAACCCAAUUCAGGGUGCCCCCGCCACCUUUGCGCCAGAUGGGACAUAUGAGUUCAAGGGAGAUGGGGAGAAGACGCAGUUCAUUGGCGUUGCCGCCCCAUACACUCCUGGUAGGGAUAAGCUUGUCGGGAAAAAGCCAAAGGUUCCUAGGAGGUAA